CGCCUUCCGCUCUCCUUGGUAGAAGUUGCCGGACACCCGUGGGCGUUUCGCAGUUAGUCGUUUCCUGAGCUCCGAGAGUGUGAGCACCUACGAUGCCGCGUGGAAGCCGAAGCCGCUCUUCCCGGGUGGCCCCUCCGGCCAGCCGGGCCCCUCAGAUGAGGGCUGCUCCCAGACAAGCACCUGCAGCUCAUCCUCCAGCAGCAGCUGCCCCAUCUGCAGUUGGCUCACCUGCUGCUGCACCCAGGCAGCCAGGCCUGAUGGCCCAGAUGGCCACCACUGCAGCUGGUGUGGCUGUAGGCUCUGCAGUGGGGCACACCCUGGGUCAUGCCAUCACUGGGGGCUUCAGUGGAGGUGGUAAUGCUGAGCCUGCAAGGCCUGACAUCACUUACCAGGAGCCCCAGGGAACCCAGCUGGUGAACCAGCAGUCUUUUGGGCCUUGCUCUCUUGAGAUCAAACAGUUUCUGGAAUGUGCCCAGAACCAGAGUGACGUCAAGCUCUGCGAAGGCUUCAACGAGGUGUUGCGGCAGUGCAGAAUUGCAAAUGGUUUGAUCUAAUCAAGAAGUUGAUUGGAACUGAAGAAAUUGAAAUGGGCUCUACAUAAUUGACAGUGCAAGUGUGGACCCUGACUAAACCUUUCUAAUAGCUCCAUUGCUUGAGAAUAGCUAUUAAAGAGUUCUAAUUGUGUAGAUAUUCACUGAGGCCUGUAGUAGUGUUGGGACUGGGCAAGUGAUGGCCUCCUUGAACCAACUGUGUUUUUUUGUGAGGUAAUGAAAAUAAAGUUGUUCUCUUCUGA